CAAAGUUUGAUAUAUGUAGAGAGAGAGAAUUAGAAAAUAUCGUUGAGAGUUAUUAUUAUUAUUAUUAUUAUUAUGGAAUGGAGGAGGUGUUAUUUGGACAUAAUUUUGGUUCCUUUGGCGUUCUUGAUAAGCAUUGGGUAUCAUGCAUGGCUUUGGCGCAGAGUUCGGACUCAGCCCUUCACCACUCUCAUUGGCAUUAAUACUAAUGCCAGACGUUUUUGGAUCUCUACCAUUUUACAGGACAAUGAGAAGAAGAACAUCCUGGCCGUCCAAUCGCUGAGGAACACGAUAAUGGGAUGCACCCUAAUGGCCACAACCUCGAUUCUGCUGUGCACGGGGCUAGCGGCAGUGCUGAGCAGCACGUACAGCAUAAAGAAGCCUCUAAACGACGCCGUAUACGGGGCCCACGGGGAUUUCAUGGUGGCCCUUAAAUACGUGACCCUACUAACGCUGUUCCUCUUCUCCUUCUUCUGCCACUCCCUCUCCAUCCGAUUCAUAAACCAGGUCAACAUUCUGAUCAACAUUCCGCCCGGCGCCGCCGCCGUCACCUCCGACUACAUCUCCGAUCUCCUCGACAAAGGCUUCAUCCUCAACACCGUCGGCAACCGCCUCUUCUACGCCGCCCUUCCGAUGCUCCUCUGGAUCUUCGGCCCCGUCCUCGUCUUCGUUUGCUCCCUCUCAAUGCUUCCCGUCCUCUAUAAUCUCGACGUCGUCUGCUGCUCCGACGCCGCCGCCGCCGGAAAACGCCCCAAUCGAGAAAUCAAUAAUGUCUAAUUAGGGUUUCCAAAACAAUUUAUCCCUCUCCCUCUCCCUGUUAUCUGAUAUAUAUCUGUGUGUAAAUUAAAUUGAUCGAUGCACUUGAUUUUGGGGCUGUUUCCAUUCGAACGAACAAACUUUUGACUGCGAAUAAUAACUGAAAAUUUCAAAUGCAA